CCUGGCUGAAUUUAUUGAAAGAGAAGGGGCAGCAGGUGGAGAAGCUGAAAAGACAGAAAACAAACAGUAGCAGAGUGUGUGAACUCUCUUUCAUUGCAUCCCCUUUCUUGUGCAAGUUUUGUACGGGGAAAUUACAGCAUUUGUGUGAUAAAUUCAAGCGUGUUCUGUGAGUGUUAUUAGAUGUAGAAAGCAACCAAAACACAGCCCGUUAGGAGUCAAUUGAGCAGUUAUGAAUUUGUACUGGGAGUUAAAUGUUCUUUUUUAUGAAAAAGAUAGCUCCUGGAUGACUAGUAAGAGUAAACCUUAUCACUUUAAAUAAUUGGACCACAGUUGGCAACAAUCAUUUAGCCUAACAGGGGCAAAUAGUACUGAUAUGUUUUGUACUCAUUGUUGAUUUUUAAUCAUUGGUGAGGAUAUUUAAUCUCAAGGUAGCUCAGACAUUCUACAUGCUAAACUUUUAUGGCUCCGUAUGUUGUACCUUUAUGGCUUCCUCUUAUCUUACUUCUGGCACUACUGCUUCUAUUUAUGAAAAAGAUGGAAGUUAAGACACAAAGCGAGCAGCUUCUUCCUCCAAGCCCUCCUAAGCUUCCAAUUUUAGGCAACUUGCACCAACUUGGAUCACUGCCUCACCAAUCUCUGUGGCAACUCUCCAAGAAAUAUGGCCCUGUCAUGCUAAUUCGACUUGGUCGAAUACCAACUGUCGUAAUCUCCUCUGCUGAGGCAGCAAGAGAGGUCUUAAAAGUUCAUGAUGUUGCCUUUUGCAGUAGACCUCUUUUAGCUGGGACUGGGAGACUCACUUACAAUUAUCUAGACAUAGCAUUUUCACCUUAUAGUGAUCACUGGAGAAACAUGAGAAAAAUUCUUACUUUGGAGCUAUUCAGCUUGAAAAGGGUGCAGUCUUUCCGGUUCAUCAGGGAAGAAGAAGUUAGCUUGCUGGUCAAUUUUAUCUCUGAGUCAUCAGCUUUAGCAGCACCUGUUGAUCUUACUCAGAAAUUAUAUGCUCUCGUUGCGAAUAUAACAUUCAGGAUGGCUUAUGGAUUCAAUUAUCGAGGGACUAGCUUUGAUCGAGAUAAAUUUCAUGAAGUGGUUCAUGACACCGUGGCUGUGGUGGGAAGCAUCUCAGCAGAUGAAUCCAUCCCGUAUUUAGGGUGGAUUGUGGAUCGGCUUACUGGUCAUCGUGCAAGGACUGAGAGAGUUUUCCAUGAAGUAGAUACUUUCUUUCAGCAUUUAAUUGAUAAUCAUCUUAAACCUGGAAGGAUAAAGGAGCACGAUGACAUGGUAGAUGUUCUGCUGAGAAUAGAGAAGGAGCAGACUGAACUUGGUGCAUCUCAGUUCACAAAGGAUAAUAUCAAGGCAAUCCUCCUGAAUUUAUUUCUGGGAGGAGUAGACACUAGUUCACUGACAGUGAAUUGGGCAAUGGCAGAACUUGUUAGGAAUCCAAGAGUGAUGAAGAAAGUGCAGGAUGAAGUUAGGAAAUGUGUUGGAAAUAAGGGAAGAGUUACUGAAAGCGACAUCGAUCAACUUGAGUAUCUCCGGAUGGUAAUAAAAGAAACUCUGAGACUGCACCCUCCUGCCCCACUACUUAUCCCAAGAGAAACCAUGUCUCACUGUAAAGUCAGUGGUCAUAAUAUCUAUCCGAAGAUGCUGGUCCAAAUUAAUGUCUGGGCAAUUGGACGUGACCCCACGUACUGGAAGGAUCCUGAAGAGUUUUUCCCUGAAAGAUUCCUUGAUAGCUCCAUUGACUAUAAAGGACAAAGUUUUGAGUACUUGCCAUUUGGAUCUGGUCGAAGAAUUUGUCCUGGGAUGCAUAUGGGAUUUAUAACAAUGGAGAUUAUACUUGCAAAUCUCUUGUAUUGUUUUGAUUGGGUUUAUCCCGAUGGGAUGAAGAAGGAAGAUAUCAACAUGGAAGAGAAAGCUGGUGUUAGUCUUACUACCUCUAAGAAGACACCUCUCAUUCUUGUACCAGUCAACUACCUUCAGUGACUAUCAGAAGAUAUCAUGAUCUCAUAAGCAUAUCUAUAGUUUCAUGCACUUAAGAAUGUAUGAUUGUGCUUUUCUUUCUUUUUAGCUUUUGUUCAAUACUGUUAAAAGGUGUCGGUGCUUAAUUCAGGCUUCUGUCACUUCAUUGUCUAAAAAAUGAUUAGCAAGUAUCCUCCAACAAAAUCAAGGUUCAAGUAAUCAAUUUGAUAGGUCACAAUCAGUCUAUGAAAUACUAUAGUGCAGAUUGUAUUAUGCUGAGGGUGGGAAUUAGCCGCAAGAGUUUUAAUUGGAAUAUGCUUGACAUUACUGA